AGCCCCGCUCCCCCGCCCCCGGGCCGGAGGUGCCGCCGCCAUUUUGCCGCUCUCUCGCUGUCGCUCUCCGGGCGCGGCGGCUGCGGCCGGACGAGCGAUUUUUAAGGAGCUUUAACCCGCUCGGGGCCCCGCGCCCCAGCCCGCUUUGAACGCGCCAUGUCCGGAGAGGGAACCGCCGGCGACCAGACUGCUGAAUAUGUGCCAGAAAAAGUGAAGAAAGCUGAAAAGAAACUAGAAGAAAAUCCAUAUGACCUUGACGCUUGGAGCAUUCUCAUUCGAGAGGCACAGAAUCAGCCUAUAGACAAAGCACGGAAGACCUAUGAACGCCUUGUUGCCCAGUUCCCCAGUUCUGGCAGAUUCUGGAAACUGUACAUUGAAGCAGAGAUUAAAGCAAAAAAUUAUGACAAGGUGGAAAAGUUAUUUCAGCGCUGCCUUAUGAAGGUUUUACACAUUGAUUUAUGGAAAUGUUACCUUUCCUAUGUACGAGAAACCAAGGGGAAGCUACCUAGUUACAAAGAAAAAAUGGCUCAGGCAUAUGAUUUUGCUCUGGAUAAGAUUGGCAUGGAAAUCAUGUCAUACCAGAUCUGGGUGGAUUACAUCAAUUUUUUGAAAGGCGUAGAAGCAGUAGGAUCUUAUGCAGAAAACCAGAGGAUCACAGCUGUCCGUAGGGUUUACCAGCGUGGUUGUGUCAACCCCAUGAUAAACAUAGAGCAGCUCUGGAGAGAUUAUAACAAAUAUGAAGAGGGCAUCAAUAUUCACUUAGCCAAGAAGAUGAUCGAGGACAGGAGUAGAGAUUACAUGAAUGCACGACGAGUGGCAAAGGAAUAUGAGACGGUGAUGAAGGGCCUGGACCGCAACGCUCCCUCCGUGCCCCCACAAAACACCCCCCAGGAGGCUCAGCAGGUGGACAUGUGGAAGAAGUACAUCCAGUGGGAAAAGAGCAACCCUCUACGAACAGAAGAUCAAACUCUGAUAACAAAAAGAGUGAUGUUUGCCUAUGAGCAGUGUCUCCUGGUGCUGGGCCAUCACCCAGACAUCUGGUAUGAAGCAGCUCAGUACCUUGAGCAGUCCAGCAAGCUGCUGGCUGAGAAAGGGGACAUGAACAAUGCUAAACUUUUCAGUGAUGAGGCUGCUAAUAUUUAUGAAAGAGCGAUCAGCACUUUAUUAAAGAAGAAUAUGCUUCUUUAUUUUGCAUAUGCAGAUUAUGAAGAGAGCCGGAUGAAGUACGAGAAGGUGCACAGCAUCUACAACCGGCUCCUGGCCAUCGAGGACAUCGACCCCACGCUGGUUUAUAUCCAGUACAUGAAAUUUGCAAGGCGAGCAGAAGGCAUUAAAUCCGGAAGGACGAUAUUUAAGAAAGCGAGAGAGGAUGCCCGGACCCGCCACCAUGUCUAUGUUACUGCAGCUUUAAUGGAGUAUUAUUGUAGUAAGGAUAAGUCUGUGGCCUUUAAGAUUUUUGAGCUAGGGCUGAAAAAAUAUGGGGACAUUCCAGAAUAUGUACUGGCAUAUAUCGACUACCUUUCCCACCUUAAUGAGGACAACAAUACAAGAGUUUUGUUUGAACGUGUUUUAACUUCAGGGAGCCUUCCACCUGAGAAAUCUGGGGAGAUCUGGGCUCGGUUUUUAGCCUUUGAAAGUAACAUUGGGGAUCUGGCCAGCAUCCUGAAGGUGGAGAAACGCAGGUUUACAGCCUUCAAGGAAGAGUAUGAGGGCAAAGAAACAGCUCUGCUGGUGGACAGGUACAAAUUCAUGGAUCUGUACCCUUGCUCUGCCAGCGAGCUGAAGGCCCUUGGUUAUAAGGAUGUCUCCCGUGCCAAGCUAGCAGCAAUAAUUCCAGACCCUGUGGUUGCACCUUCCAUCGUGCCUGUUCUCAAGGAUGAAGUAGACAGGAAACCUGAAUACCCCAAACCAGACACCCAGCAGAUGAUUCCAUUCCAGCCAAGACACUUAGCACCUCCAGGUUUACAUCCUGUCCCAGGCGGGGUAUUUCCUGUUCCACCAGCAGCUGUAGUUCUCAUGAAGCUCCUGCCACCUCCUAUUUGUUUUCAGGGUCCCUUUGUUCAAGUGGAUGAGCUCAUGGAGAUUUUCAGAAGAUGCAAACUGCCAGACACUGUUGACGAAGCCGUGCGGAUAAUCACGGGCGGCCUGCCCGAGAUCGCUGUGGAGGGCAAUGGACCUGUGGAAAACAACACCAUUCUCAACAAGGCCGUGAAGAGAUCACACGAGGAUUCUGAUGAUGAUGAGGAGAAAGGAUCUGUAGUUCCCCCUGUACAUGACAUUUACAGAGCACGACAGCAAAAGAGAAUCCGGUGAAACAAGUUUGGAGUUCUGCUGUGACAGACAAAGACUUGCAUUGAAUCAGUCUCUUAAAAGUCAAGCAUUUAAAAGGGACAGCUGCAAACAAAAAAAUCCUUGAACAUGGUUUUGUUACUGUGGUGCCUCUUCUCCCAUAUGGUUCUUGAUCUGAAAACAGCCCGAACAACCUUAGAAUGUGCUCUGAACAAAACUCGGUUUUCAAAACCAAAAGUGCAAAAUGUCAAAACUGUAUUUUGUUCUUCGAGGGUGUACACAUCUACCACUUGAACUCUUGUGGGUUUUCAACAGUUUUAUUUUAAAAACUGGAUGGCUUAUACUUGUGAAGCAUUUUUAAUUCACAUUUUCUGGAAAACAGUUGUUCUCAGUUUGUUCAUGUAGUGUCCUGCCUUAUUGUUCGUUUUUAUUUAUGGCAGAAUGUAAGGAAUCUGUUUUGUAGUUGAAAAUUUAAAAAUAAAACAACAACAAAAGACCAUUCCUUUAAAAUAAAAGGAUAGCCAUAACA